ACGAAAGUGGAACAAAACAGAGAAUAAAAAACUCUCAGUCGCUGCAUUCGGUAAAAUUAUUGGUUUAUACAUUUUAUUGCUACGCGAAAUCUCCAACAUAUUGAACGUAAAAAUCGAUGGAAUAGCUUUCGUAACCGAAGUAUAAACUGGGUGCAAUGAUGGAACAGUGGCAGGAACUUAGUAUGGGGAAAUUAAGUAUUUCUGGGUGCGACACACAAUCGUCAUCCGAAGCAAAACAGCAGGCAAAACAACAAACAUCUCAAUUGUUACAACAACAAAGCUAUUCAUCAAUAAUGGAUUUGCCCGAUUUUGGUGAUUGCAGUGAUGACCAGAAAUAUGUUAUUUAUAAGCAUGAUGAUUUGUUUUGUGAGAGUUAUCCAUUAAUGCGUGAAAUACGCAGACAAGGCAAACUUUGUGAUGUUACCUUAAAGGUUGAAGAUCAGUCUUUCUCGGCACAUCGUAUUGUGUUGGCAGGUACAAUACCGUACUUUUAUGCUAUGUUCACCAACAAUAUGGCUGAGAGCCGUAUAAAGGAGAUCACAAUGAAAGAGAUUGAACCGAACGCACUCGAAAGUCUCAUUAAUUACGCUUACAGUGGACAGGUGCGCAUCGACAACCAGAAUGUCCAAAGUCUUAUGGUGGGUGCAUCGUUUCUACAAUUAACCAAAGUGCGUAAUGCCUGUGCGGACUUCUUGAUUUCACGAUUUCAUCCGCAUAACGUUUUGGGCAUACGUCAAUUUGCGGACUCUAUGGGUUGCACCCAUUUAAUUGAGGCUGCUGACAAGUACAUUGAUCAGAAUUUUGCAAAAGUCGUACAAUCUGAAGAGUUCUUGGGUUUGGAUUUUGGUGAACUAAUCGAUCUCAUACGACGCGAUGAGCUUAAUGUACCAAGCGAGGAAAUCAUUUUUGAGGCCUGCAUGAAAUGGGUAAAACAUAUGGAGGAAAAGCGUGCUGUACUUUUCCCACAGGUAUUAUCCAAAGUACGUUUACCAUUAUUAUCACCACAAUUUCUGGCAGAUCGUGUGGCACGCGAAGAAUUAAUACGCUCUUCACAUCAGUGUAGAGAUUUGUUAGAUGAGGCAAAAGAUUUCCAUUUAAUGCCAGAACGCCGAGGAUUGUUGCAAAGCUUCAGAACACGACAGCGUUGCGGUGAGUUUAUUAUGGGCCAGAUUUAUGCAGUUGGAGGACUAGCUAGCAACGGUGAAUCAGUGAGCACCGUGGAAAUUUACGAUCCAGUUGUCAAGAAAUGGGAAAUGGGCGAACAAAUGUCGAUGAUGCGUUCUCGCGUUGGUGUCGCUGUUAUGGAUGGUAAACUGUACGCUUUUGGUGGUUUCAAUGGCACCGAACGUCUUUCCACUGUAGAGGUAUACGAUCCAAAAAAGAAUAAGUGGUCACAAGGGCGUGCAAUGCUGUGCAAGCGCAGUGCCGUUGGUGUGGCCGCUUUAGAUGAUUGCAUUUAUGUUUGUGGUGGUUAUGAUGGUGUAACGUCUCUAAAUACAGUAGAAUGUUACUGCCCAAAGACUGAUAUUUGGAAGACUGUGGCACCAAUGAUGAAGUAUCGUUCGGCGGGUGGCGUUGCCGCAUUGGGAGGUUAUGUUUACGCGCUUGGUGGUCAUGACGGUCUUUCUAUUUUCGACUCGGUAGAACGUUACGAUCCGGUCAAAGACGUUUGGCUCAAAAUGCAUUCAAUGUUAAAUCGUCGCUGUCGUUUAGGUGUUGCUGCUCUAAAUGGUAAGCUAUAUGCUUGUGGUGGUUACGAUGGUACAUCAUUUCUGCGCUCAGUUGAGGUUUAUGAUCCAAUAACCGAUACUUGGAGUCUUGUAACGCCUAUGAAUUGUAAACGCAGCCGUGUUGCUCUAGCAGCUAAUAUGGGAAAAUUGUGGGCAAUUGGCGGGUACGAUGGUGAGUCUAAUUUAUCGACAGUUGAAGUCUACGAUCCCGAGACGGAUAAAUGGUCGUUUGAACCAUCAAUGUGUGCUCAUAGCGGUGGUGUUGGUGCUGGUGUUAUACGGAAACAAUAAUUAGCUUCAACUUAUUGUUAUUAUUACGAAAUAUAGGCAAUACUAUAUAGUACUAUAUGUAUUUUUAGAUUUUUAAUUUAUGUUUUUAAAAAGCAAAACUGCACUUGCUUGCCUUUUAUCAAAAUUAUUUAUGUGUCUUGCUAUAAUGUAUGCUCUCUAUUACACAAACUAUUUAAUGCACUUACGAAAAUCAUUCCAAAUUCUGUAGAAAACACUGAAAUAAAAGCGAAAUUUCAAAAUAAGCUAUUGGCUUAAAAACUUUAAAAUUAGGUAUUUGCCUAGCGAAAAUGGUACAGCGCUAUAUACCAAUUUGUCAAUUGUAUUAAACUAAAGCUAAUAUCAAAUAAAUUAAAAAACUGCUGUCAGCUUUCAGCAAACGUUUUAAAUCAAAAA